UGAACGUGGAGUCCACGCAAACACAAGGCGCGUUGGUCCAGGUUGUGUUGUGAAAGGUCACCCUAGCUUGACCCUUGGUGCGUGUACAAGCCGCCAUGCGGGUGCUGGGUGUCGUUCUGUUUGGCUCUACAACGCAGGCCUUUUUGACAGUCCCGCCCCUCACAAGUCCGCCUUCAACUGCGUGUGCCAGCAACCCCCAACUACAUGUACCAUGUGCUCGACACCUGCGAUUACGAUGGCCAAGAGCUUCCAGCACUGCUGUGCGAAUGCUCGGAGGGGAAGAUGGAGGUGAAGAGGAGAAAGGUUACACCGACGUUACGGUUCGAGAGGCGGUGGAGUGGACCAUGAGCAGGGACUCAGAGUUCAGCUACAUCGACAUCCGAUCGGCAGAAGAGCAUGAAAAGCUGGCAACAGUAAGGGGGGCGUUGUGCAUCCCAGCGUUCGAUUUAGUCAUGCCCGAGGCAGAGGAGCAAGGAGAGGGGCUUGACGACCAAGACGGUGAUGACACCGGGUACGCUCCAGCGUACAACUUCGAGGAGUCGGACUACACGGUCAAGCCAGAUUUCGUGGACACGAUGAAAGCUCGAUUCGAUCUGGACGCGAAGCUCUUGAUAGGGUGCAAGACCUACAGAUCAGCGAAGGCUUGCCAGCUUCUGGUCGAAGCAGGAUUCACCGAGAUCUACAACGUAGAGAGCCAGAUUUUCAUGAGGACGCGAGCACCUGAAGUGUGGUCAUAGGCUGCGAAGAGACGAAAACAGAGGAGAUUUCAUGGGGUACUGUACGGACAUGGAAGCCAGUAUUAGAACCACGUGGGUCAAGCUUUCGUGGGUUGGUAGUGAAAUCAGGUUUCGUGCGUGUGUAUGCUCCGUCAGUGAAGCUUCGUAGGGAAACUACUGUAGUUGGUGGUAAGCCACAACCAGAAUCAACAGAAAGUUUGUGGUACAGCAGUGAAUCUAGGGUUGUCGUCCGUCGCGAAAGUCCAAGCUACCUGGACCUACUGUGUCUCAGCCACUCGGGCGAGAGUAUAGCGUCGUUUU